GCAUACGUGAUUGUUAAGGAGGCGCCAGACUUGCUCUUCUUAUCUACCCUGCAACUGGUACCCUUGGCAGUGUUACACAGUGGUUACAUGCUACAAUAUCAGGGUUUGGUUCCUGUUGUAAGCCUGGGUCAAGUCUUGCUGCAUGAUCCUCUCUACUCAUGGUCACUUACUCCCGAGCAGCUCUGUGCUCUCGAGGCCCGACGGGCUGAUCCAGCAGCCGACUCAAGUGAUGAAUUACUUCUGAAUGCGCAAUCUCGGCUACAAUCAACUGCCUCGAUAGGCCAUUGUUCCACUGUAUUAACAUCAGGAGACGAUGAGUUAAACAACAUUAUUGCUGGCUAUAAAAAACCCGCGACUAAUGUUCGUGACUGUGGCACUUCUAGAUCCAUACGGCGGUCGCAUAGAGGGCGAAGGGGACGGGGAGUCCGCCAGCGUUCAAGCAACGAUUAUGAGACAUCUGCUUUACGACACCAGGAAUCACAUGGAGCUUACAAUUACUCCAACAACCAACUAGCUGAGCGUGUGCUCCUCUCCGUGCGCGGCAAGUUGGAGGGCCGUAUCGGUGGCCUGGGAGACACUCUGACUUGCGGCCAAACAGAUCAGCCUGCCAGAAUGAGUACAACGUCCUUAAAUGGAGGGAUAGGACUGGAAGGAGCUAGAACUGGAGGUGGAUUCGGUGGUGUUGGUGGGAGUGGCCUCGGUUUGGGUCAUUUAGAUGUUUCUGGACAAGUCGCUUUACUGGUCAGAUUGGCUUUCUUUAUAUCAAUAAGUGUUCUUAGUUGCCCGCCUCAUCCAUCCGCUUUCUUCUCUCUCGGUCGAAUUAGUUUCAUUCUCGCUCCGUUUCAUUUGAAAGCAGUGUUUUCAAUGGCGCACGGCAAGAACACUUUUCCUAUUAUCUCAGUGGGCGACCGCAUAUACGACCUUAGGCACAUUAUUGUUACAGAUGAUCCUCGCUAUCCUGGUCUUCGGAAGUUGAAGUUGCGUGGAAAGCGACUCACGAAUGUUCCGCAUCAGCUAUACAGCCUUACUGACCUACAGGUGCUCGAUUUGAGCCCUGAGCGCGAGGCCUGUCUAUGCUAUCGCCUUCCGGAAUUGCAUCCAGACAUCGGUGAGUCCCUUUGA